AUGCCUAUCCAGGCCAUCAGCGCUGGAGAUGUCAAUCGGAUCACCCUGGGUCAGGUGAUCACUGACGUCCGAGCCGUGCUCAAGGAACUCGUGGAAAAUGCUCUUGAUGCCAAUGCAUCUUCGGUGGAAGUGCUUCUUGACGACUACGGGAUCGAGCGCAUUUCCGUGGCGGACAAUGGCCACGGCAUCGACCCCGAAGACUUUGCCGGCCUCUGCUUACGAAGCCACACCUCCAAGAUCAGCCUGCUAGCAGACUUGCUGCUGCUUUCGACCCUUGGCUUUCGAGGGGAGGCCCUCCACUCGUUGUGCACCGUGGCUCGAGAGGUCAAGGUUACCACUGUACGCGAUCAGAAACUCCACGAAUUGACCUACGACAACACUGGAAACCUCGCCAAUCAAACCACCAAGCCGACCCGGCAGGCUCCGGGGACGACGGUGGUGGUUUCGGGUUUAUUCCACAACCUUCCCGUGCGGCUUAAGCAUUUGAAGAAGCUGGCACUGUCGGAGCUCCGCAAAGCGGUAAUGUUUCUUAACAAUUACGUCAUCAUCAACCCCCACACCAAAUUCACCGUCUCCCAUACUAAUAACGGCAAAAAGCUGCUUGUGGUGCUGUCUCGAGGAGGACCCACUCAAACGGUACUUACGGGGUUACUGUCAGUUUUUGGCAAGAAUGGAGCCAAAGGUCUUUCCGAAGUUGACAUCAAUGCUGGAGACGUUACCAUAACCGGCUAUAUAUCCAACUUCUCGUUUGGGUGUGGGGCCCGCCUGGCAGCUGAUCGCCAAUUCUUAUACGUCAACCGUCGUCCUGUGGCUAAUAAGCGACUCGUCAAGGUGAUCAACGAAGUCUACCAUCAAUUCAAUAAUGCCCAGCAUCCAGUGUUUGUGCUUGAUUUGACUAUACCGCCGGCUAUUGUCGACGUCAAUUUGACUCCCGAUAAGACGAAAGUGAUGAUUAAUCGUGAAAAUGAUCUCCUUGAAGAUGUGCGUGAAGCUCUAAGACAAUUUUACGAUCAACAAGGGGGUAUCACCAUCCCCAGAGGAGAGUUUGCUGAUACUCUGAUGAGCUUCGAUGCCCGUGAUCAAUUGCCAACAUCAGAAGUGGAUACCCUGAAUAUUCUCGGUAAGCUGGGACUUUUUGUCGAUUCAGAAACACCGUCUUCACCACAAGCAUCAUCUCAAGCGGUACCCCAAUCUCUGAGUCCUCCCCCGAAAUUAAACGUUCGCAACGAGGAGCCGCCAACCUCAUCACCACCUCGUCAACAUGCUUCAUAUAUAGUUGAACCUGUCACUUAUGAGAUUUUAGAAAGAUCCAACGUCACUACGCCCCAUGAAAAUAACGGCGAAGAUGAAAAGCGUGGUGACAAUUUCGAUGACAAUGACGAUGACGUUGACGAUGAUGCCAAUGACGAUGCCAAUGAUAAAGGUGACAAUAACGAUGAUGAUAACGGUGACGAAUCCCAAGUUGUUGGUCAUGUGGUGAUAGGCGGAGGGAACUCGGGAACUCCUCAGCUCAUGAUGGGCAGAGACGGGAACAUCAUAUGGGCAACCGAUACAUCACUUCGACCUUUAACUCAAGAGAAAACUCACCUGAAUGAGGGUGGUUAUGGUCAAGCUAAUGAUGGCGACAGCGAGUUGGACGACAGCGAGGUUGACGACAGCGAGGUCGACGACAGCGAGGUCGACGAAGACGAGGUCGACGAGAGUCGGGUAGAUGACAGUCAACACGAUGGAGGUGACGAUUUGUACGGCGCCCUUCGCGAGUUACUUGGGCCACCAUCUGGCAAAAAUGACAACAAUGAUGAUGACAUCAAUAAGGAAAGUGAUCAGUUUGAUGCUGGCCCGACAGUGAUUGAGCUUUUCCCUGAGUGGAAAAAAGUCAAGGCAGUCAAAUUCAAUGGCGCAAUUGACGAAGACGUCGUCUACGGUGGUCAAGCAAAACUCACAGUUGGAAGUGAUGGCUACUUAGUGAGGGAGGCUGAUGGAUUUAUUGAUGAUGCUGGCCGUCUCAACAGUGGUGGAGAUGAAGAAGAAUAUAACAAUGAAAUCGUGGACGUCUAUGAUAAGGAUGCCCCAAUACUCAAAAAGGUGGUGGAUGAUAACGAUCCCAAAUUUUUGAAAACAGUGGAGUGGGCUCCUUUAGAUCACCGGCUGAUCAUAAGAGACAUGUCUAUGCUCAAUCCCGACCAGAUCCGCUUAAUGAAUCUUUUUGACUUACCACUAAUCGAAUGUGAACUGGAGGUGUGUGCGUUUCUCAAUGAGAUGAGGAAUACGCGAUCCAAAGACGAGUGGAUCGGGUUUAAGCAUUUGGCGUGUCUGUUCUAUGCCAGAAAGACUGGUUUCAAAGAGUACCACUAUAAAAUGAAUGUACCGUGGGAAUUGCCGGUCUCUAAUUCAAGCGAUGAAGAGGGUGAGUAUUACUACAAUGGUUUCACUGGAAAAUUAGUCAAGACAGACUAUCGUGAACGGAUGAUCGAUGACCCCAGCUCGGAAGAAGAACCAGAGCCAAAAAUGAAAUUUAAACAGCGCAAAACCUUAUUUGAAUCUUUCGUCACACAAAAACCAUUUACGAGUGCCUUCUACCACAGCUACCGCAAAAAGGAAGAUAAGCAGAGUCCCUUACUUUUCCUACCGAAAAUCCUCACCAAGAAUAAUCACGCUGAGGUUGAAGGUGAGGAUAUCGUUUUCGCCGAAGCUCAAGACGAAAAUUCUGAUAAGGCUCAGCUGAAUGAAGAUGAAGAAGGCAAUAGUGACUCGCAAAAGUCGCUCAGUGAUUUCAUACAUCAACCGUAUGGCGAGAAUCUCGUUGAGGAUUCGUAUGGGAAAAACUUCAACCCAGUUCGAACUCACGAUAUUGAAGUACGGAUCGGUGAUCACGUCCAUUGGGCACCAACACUAGAAAGACGUCGUCCGAAAACGUCACCACCACAAAAGAAGAAAUUGUCGACGGUAGGGUGGCUGUUUGGCAAGUCAACAUGGGAAACGAAAGCUGCUGAAAUUGCAACUCAACAAGCCUCGGCCCCCGAAGCUCAUGAUGUGGUUAACCAGGACACUUCGAUGCUUUCACUGUACAUUGUGUCCAAAUCAGAUUUUGAACAGAUGCAAGUUAUUGGUCAAUUCAAUCUCGGCUUCAUUCUUGUGCGGUCCAAAGAUGAUAAUAUGUUCAUCAUCGAUCAGCACGCCAGCAACGAGAAGUACAACUUUGAGUUAUUAAGCAACAAGUACCAUGCUCCCAGCCAGUUGCUUGUGCUGCCCCUCACCGUUCAACUUACCGCGGUGGAUGAAAUCUUGGUGAAAGAGAAGCUUCAUAUAUUUAAGUUGAAUGGGUUUGGUGUUAAGUUUGAUGCUGAUCAACCUCCAGGUCAGCGGGUCAAGUUGAUGCUGAUGCCUCUGCUGAAGCAGGAGAACCAGCUGUACACCGUUGAUGACUUCUAUGAGCUUCUUGCCCUCAUUGCUGAGAACCCCCAUAACAAGUCGGUACGUCCACUGAAAGUGCGGCGCCAGUUGGCGAUGAAGGCUUGUCGGCUGUCGAUCAUGAUCGGAGCUAGCUUGACCCGUAAUCGCAUGGAGGAAGUGGUGAAGAGCUUAGCCACUCUCGAUAAACCUUGGAACUGUCCCCAUGGUCGUCCAACCAUGCGGCAUUUAGUGGAGUUGGCCCGGUGGAAAAGCAAUAACUUCCCUGACUACGCCCUUGAACUUUGA